UUUGCUUUCUUUGUCUCUUAGGUUAAAAAAAUAAAUAAUUGAAGUCCUCUUUAUGAAACUGAUCUUCAGUCAAGUGUAACUUUUGAUGUAUGGUCUCUAAAGCCCCCCACUAUGCCAGCAGCUACCGUAGACCAUAGCCAAAGAAUCUGUGAAGUUUGGGCUUGUAACUUGGAUGAAGAGAUGAAGAAAAUCCGUCAAGUUAUACGGAAGUAUAACUAUGUAGCUAUGGAUACAGAAUUUCCAGGAGUAGUUGCAAGGCCUAUUGGAGAAUUCAGAAGCAACGCAGACUAUCAGUACCAGUUACUACGCUGCAAUGUAGACUUGCUAAAAAUAAUUCAGCUAGGACUGACAUUUAUGAAUGAGCAAGGAGAAUACCCUCCAGGAACUUCAACUUGGCAGUUUAAUUUUAAAUUUAAUUUGACAGAAGAUAUGUAUGCCCAGGACUCUAUUGAACUGUUGACGACAUCUGGUAUCCAGUUUAAAAAGCAUGAGGAAGAAGGAAUUGAGACACAGUACUUUGCAGAACUGCUUAUGACAUCAGGAGUUGUUCUGUGUGAAGGAGUCAAGUGGCUUUCCUUUCAUAGUGGAUAUGACUUUGGCUAUCUAAUCAAAAUCCUGACAAACUCUAAUUUACCUGAAGAAGAGCUGGACUUCUUUGAGAUACUGCGAUUGUUUUUCCCUGUCAUCUAUGAUGUAAAAUAUCUUAUGAAGAGUUGCAAAAAUCUGAAGGGUGGAUUACAAGAAGUGGCUGAGCAGUUAGAGCUGGAAAGGAUAGGACCACAGCAUCAGGCAGGAUCUGAUUCUUUACUCACAGGAAUGGCCUUUUUCAAAAUGAGAGAAAUGUUCUUUGAAGAUCACAUUGACGAUGCCAAAUAUUGUGGCCAUUUAUACGGUCUUGGUUCGGGGUCAUCUUAUGUACAAAAUGGCACAGGAAAUGCAUAUGAAGAAGAAGCCAACAAACAGUCAUGACAUGAAAUGAAAGGCCACCUUUUUGACCUCCAAAAGCUUGUAUAUAGGUUUUAUCUCUGCGUGAAUCCCUUGGACAAUAAGGCUUUUUCUCCCCCUUUCUCAGCACACUUUCUUUUCUGCCUUUCUAUGUACUAAACUUGACUGUUCUAUCACAGAUUUUGAUCUGAAUAUUGAUAUGUAAAAUUUUCUGGAUUACAUUUUGGCCUCAUAACUAGCCCGUUUGUAAAGAAGCAUGUAUAGGAUCAGUGUGGCACAGAGAAGGGGAAAGUUAAAUCAUAAUGAAUCGUCUGGUAAACUUACCUAGAUUGAUCUUCUAGUUUUUUGUCUCUUUUCCCUCCCUUCUCCAAAUUAACUGGCACUGAUUGUAACUAACUUCCAUAUUCAUGUCUGUUCCUUCCAGUAUGCAGGCGUUUUAGCUAUUCAAGAUUGUGGACCAUCAAAUUUGCACUUUAGAGAGCAACUCUGACUCAGAUCCUCUGUUUUAUUUGAAGUUUGUUUUUUUUUCUUUUGCCCUUAGCUAGAAAACAAUCAUCUGCCAAGUUCAGCAGCUUCACACUGUAUUUCCUUGGUAUCUCAGCCCACAAAACGUGACUUAUUUGCUGCAUAACCUCUGUUUGUUCAAGCAAAACAAACUACUGAAAUCAUAGUAACUGCUGUUAUUUCACUGGUGUUCAGUCAUCUUCAAACACAUCCUGCACAUGUCAACUGCUGGUUGGCCUGCUGCUUUAAAACCGCUCUGUGAUGGGGGAAAGAAGCUUGAAAAAACAGCUUUACACCCUUCAGGAAAAGAACAGCUAUGACUUUAGCAUUUUUGCCAUUAAGCUGAGAGUUGAAGGAUGUUGGAAUAGCAGGAGUUUUGUAAUGGCACACUUCCUUUGAUUAACUUCCUAGCUUUUAUUCUAGUAAUGUACACCUCAGAUAUUUUUUAUGGAGUCAUAUUUAUUAUGUACUUGAUUUGAUGAUUUUUGAAAGUCAGUUUUGUUGAAGAUAAAACCCAAAGAUCUGAAAAAAUACUAUUUAAUUGAAUGAUUGAAUUAGAAGGACAAUUAAAUCGUGCUUUUUUGUAGUUGCUACAAAGACAGAUGUUGCAGAUAUUUGUUGUAAAACAACAAAAUAUGAUUAACUUAUAGCUAAUAAAGUUACCUGAGGAGUGUAAUGCUAGUUUAUUUUUGAGUAUAUCUUAGCAAUAUAUUUUAGAUAUACUGUUUUAAAGGACCCUAAAGUACGUUCUUAACUCUGCAUAGCAUAUGUACGGAGCAGUUGUGCAGGAAGGAUUUUUUGGUAUUGAAUAGCUAAAUACUAGCCUGAAAUGAUGGAAUGUGCGACAUCGUGUGCCUCUGUGUGUGCACGCGCGUAUGUGCAUGCGUGUUCGACACGGAAAUCAAUAGUAGAAAAAUCUCCAAAUGUUCGCCAAAUUACUGUUUUACCUUGUACUUAAAAAAAUCAAACAGCUUUUUUUCAUUGAGUUACGAUGAUGUAACUGGGUGGUCCUUUUUAAACAACAAGUAAUUUGCAUAACAGAGGGUAUUUGUUUUUAAAGCUUUUGUAAAUAAAGGCCUAAGAAAUGUUUUCUUACAUAACAACAGACUGGUGGUUUUGUUGCAAAAUUUUUCCCGGAAUGUGUGUAUUUAGUUAGUUCAGUUCUGUAUUCUGUUUUGUUUAGGCAUGAUAGUUCUCUUCCGUGUGCUUAUAAAGUGAUCCUGACUGAUGCCACUUUCAGAGCAGAACUGUGUUCGUGGGUUUCCAAGUACUUCAUUCCUACUGACCUGAAUUGCAAGAGUGGUGAUUACAAUUUACUACUGAGGCAUCCAAAUCCCAUUAGUUAUUUGUUUUAAUACCAUUAUGCGUUAGGUGAUGGUGACUUGUUUUAACUUUGGCUUUAAUAAGAUAGGGACUCUCUAAUGGGAAAAUCCUUCCUGUGGCAUCAAUCUGUGUCUUUUCACACUUGAACUGUAGGCUUACAUGGACAAUUUGCACGCAUGUGGAGUGAAGAACCCCUGAAGUUUGAUGCAUUUGCUUUAAAGUUCGGUAGCUUUGCCUGAAGCAUACAGAUACAGCUAUAUCUGUGGUUAACUUUUGAAGGGAACGACUCUUCGAAGAACUUUGAUGGGUUUUUUGUUUUGAAGUAACUCUUAGUUGUGGAUCAAAGGAAUUUUUUAGAGGCCUCUAAAUGUGUGCCUGCAAUAAAAGUUUUAGUUCAGACUGGGAUGCGCUUUUGAAGUGACUGCUGAGCAUCCCAUAUGCUGUGUGCCAUGCUUUGCUUUGCUUCCCAUCCUGAACCUACCAGAGCUUGGACUCCUCUUGGAAGAAGCUAAACCCAAAGAUGUACCACAGGUGGGCGUCUUGUCUUUUAGCUGCUAAUGAGCACGCAGUCUGCAGGAUGAGGCUCAGUUGGCUUAAGCCCUAGCCUAAAACUCUCAUGGGGCAUUUGACUUUAAGCAUUUCUGCUCUUUAGUUUUCUUUCUGCAAGAAAACCUUCUCUUGAAAGCCACCGAUCAUCAUACAGCUACGAUUAUGCUUUAUUCUGUGCGAGAACUCUUGGUCUGAUCAGUGUGAUCUGUCUGAGAGUUGAUUACAGCUGGGGAGACAUCUGUGCAUCAUUCAGUUUGCUUGGCAAAAUUAGAUUUAGUUUCCAUUGAGGAGUGAUUUAAAUGGUGAACUGUAGAGAUUAUGAAAAAACCAAUUUCUUCUUAUGUGUAGGACCGUUACUUGUAAACUGCAGAGCCUGAAAUCUGAAUCUGUUUUCAAAGUGGACAGCUUUAAUUGCUUUUGCAAAAAUAAAUGUGCAGGCACAGUUCCAGCUGUCUAGACAUGCAACUUUUCGUUCAGAGACAAGA